AUGAUCGCCUCUCCCCUAGUUGCGCGUCCUGUACCAGUACCCGCACCAGAGCCACCCCCUCCAACCUUAACCGACCGAACAUCGGCGGCGCUCGAUGUCAUCCCCAAAUUAGAGAAACCCGAAUCACCUUGGCCUAUCAAACAACCCUUUGACUCGUUUUUGGUUCUGGAUGUCGAAGCUACUUGUCAGGAAGGAACGGAUUUUAACUGGCCGAACGAGAUUAUCGAAUGGCCUGUAGUCUUGUUACGUUGGCGAAAUAAAGAUAAGGAAGGAAGGGCGAAGGAGUUAUAUGUUGCGGACGAAUUCCGUAGUUUCGUACGACCAAUCUGGAAGCCACAACUAUCCGCAUUUUGUACCACCUUGACCGGCAUAACUCAAACACAAGUAGACCGAGCCCCAAAGUUUCCCAAAGUCCUAGAAUCUUUUAGAGAGUUUCUUGUAAGGAAUGAGUUGAUUGAUGAUGCGACGGAGGCGAAGCGGGAGCGGUUUGUUUGGUGCACGGACGGUCCGUUCGACAUUCGGGAUUUCGUGGUAAAGCAGUGCUUUAUCUCAAAGAUUCAGAUGCCUACUUGGCUAAAGGGCGAGGUUCUGGACGUGAGGAGGGUCGUGACGCAUUGUUUGAACUUACAAGCUAACAGUGGUGGUCGUGAUGCUCGCGCUCCAAGGCGUCGGACGCUGAACAUCGAGGAACAGCUGCGUACACUUAACCUUGCUGAGUUUAUUGGACGCCAACAUUGUGGCAUCGACGAUACGAGGAACAUCGCGCGUAUUCUGACCGAGCUCGCGAAGCGGUCGAUCCGUCUAGAGCCGAACACAACGAUUUACCCCGGUCGCCGAUGGCAAUGGAUGGGCAAGCCAGGCCAAAUCCUUGAGGAGUAUUGUUUUAUCUAG